UGACUAUUUGUCAAAUGCCUGUCAGCUGUCAAUUUUGAAGUGUAUUAUCAAUGCGGAUUAAAGUAGUUAAACAAAUUAAUUCGCGUUAUCAGGCGAUUCCAGUUUGACAAUGUUAGAUAUCCAAACACGUGAAAGAGCGACUUCCUGUUGACAAACGGCUCCACAACCCACGGCAUGCCUUGCCACACAUAAGCCCCACUUCCUGUUCGAAGCUUUGACCAGGAGAGGAUCAGGGAGAUGUUCGGGAUGUUCAACGGGGCGUUCUCGCCCUCGCCGGGCUCGGGAUACAUCCCGGAGAUGGAGCAGAUCAUCAGUCAGCUCGAGAGGGGCACCCUGGUGAUGAAGUACUCGCUGAGGAAGAAGGCCGAACACAAGACGUUGGCCAUCAGGAGGGAGACGAGGCAGAUUGUGUGGACGAGACCAGCCACCAACUCGAAGCCGGUGCAUGACGGGGCUGUCGAUCUCAGGAAAAUCAAGGAAAUCAGACUUGGGAAAAGCUCGAAAGAUUUUGAGAAGUGGGCAGACGAUUCCAAGAAAAUCGAAAAUCUCAAGUGUUUCGUCGUCUAUUAUGGAUCCGAGUUCAAGCUGAGGGUUCUCAGCAUUGCCGCUCUGUCGGAGAAAGAGUGUGAAUUGUGGGUGAAAGGCUUGCGCUACCUUGUGAAGGACACAAUCAACGUCCCCUACCCUCUCCAAGUACAAGUAUGGCUAAGACGCGAAUUCUACGCCAUGGAGAACCCCACCGAGACGAUAAACAUUAAAGACUUGAAAGCGUUCCUACCUCGAAUCAAUUACAAAAUUCCCACGAACAAACUACGCGAAUUAUUCAAUGAAGUCGAUACGCGAAAACGUGCCGAAAUCGGCUUCGACGAUUUUGCUGUUCUCUACCAGAAAAUCAUUUUUGACGAAAGUAAUGGUGCCGAGAUUUUCGAUAAACUUGCAUUGUAUUCGUCGAAUUUGAAAAGUGUGAGUUUGCAAGAAGUGCAAAGUUUUCUAUCGAAGGAACAGAAUGAUGAUUUGAGUAACGAUGAUAGAGCCGUUUCGCGAUUUAUCUGUGAUUUUUUAAAAGACCCUCAAAGGGAGGUACAGGAACCGCAUUUCACAAUCAGUGAAUUUCUCGAUUAUCUGUUUUCGAAACAGAACGAUUUGUGGGAUCCUAACAAGGAUACGGUGUACCAAGACAUGUCGAAGUCUUUGUCACACUAUUGGAUUGCUUCCUCACACAAUACAUAUCUAACAGGUGAUCAAUUAUCAAGCGAGUCUUCAGUCGAGGCUUACGCCAGAUGUUUGCGAAUGGGUUGCAGAUGUAUAGAAUUGGAUUGUUGGGAUGGUCCAGAUGGGAUGCCUUUUAUUUAUCAUGGACACACGUUUACCACAAAAAUCAAAUUUAUGGAUGUGAUAAAGACAAUUAAAGAGCAUGCUUUUGCCACAUCGGAGUAUCCAGUGAUUUUAUCAAUCGAAGAUAAUUGUUCGUUGCCGCAACAAAGGAAAAUGGCAACAGCGAUGCAGGAAGUUUUCGGCGAGUCUUUGCUCACCCACCCCGUGGAAAAAAACGAGAAACAGCUCCCCUCCCCCUACCAACUCCGUCGCAAGAUCAUCCUCAAGCACAAGAAACUCCCCGAAGGCCAAGACGAGUCCUCUUCGUUCCUCAUCCGUAACGAAGGCAGCGAAAUGGACUUGCGAAGUUCGUUUCGUAACGGUAUCAUGUACCUGGAGGACCCCGUCGACAAGGAAUGGAAUCCCCACUUUUUCGUCCUCACCGAAAACAAACUCUUCUACACUGACAGCUACAAACCCGAUCAGGAAUCGGAACGAAGCGAAGACGAAGAUGACAGUGCUGCUGCUUUUCAUCGUCCCAAGUCGGACGUACCGAACGAGGAGUUGCAUUUUAGCGAAAAAUGGUUUCAUGGAAAAUUGGCCAAUGGUAGAGAGGAGGCGGAGCAGUUGCUUAAAUCGUACUCGCAUCUGGGUGAUGGGACGUUUUUGGUGAGAGCGAGUGUGACGUUUGUGGGGGAGUAUUGUCUGUCGUUUUGGAGGAAUGGACAAGUGAAUCAUUGUAGAAUCAGAUCGAAGCCGGAUAAACAACAUACGAGAUAUUAUCUAACCGAUGCGAAAUAUUUCGAUAGUUUGUAUAGUUUGAUUACGCAUUAUAGGAAUUGUCCUCUAGUCACGGCGGAGUUUUCGAUUACGUUACAAGAGCCGGUGCCUCAACCGAAGAAGCAUGAAACGGAAGAGUGGUAUCAUAAACAAACGGGGAAGAUGCAAGCCGAUGAGAUUUUGAGAAGGGUGAAAACGGAAGGGGCGUUUUUGGUCAGGCCGAGCGAGAAUGAUGCGAAUUGUUACACGAUUAGUUUUAGGGCGGAUAAAAAAAUCAAACAUUGUCGAAUCAAACUAGAGGGCCGUCUCUACACCAUUGGUAAUGUCGAAUUUGAAAGUUUAGUCGAAUUAAUUAAUUAUUACGAAAAUCAUCCGCUUUAUCGACGCGUCAAAUUGUGUUAUCCAAUCAGCGAAGAGGUCGUGAAAAGAAUGUCAAUGGAACAAGACGACAAUGUUGGCUACAAUAGCAACCCCUCCUACAUGGACCCCAGCGCAUUCACACCCCCAAAAAUCACCGUCAAAGCCCUCUACGAUUAUCGAGCCCAACAACCCGACGAACUCUCCUUUUGUAAACAUGCAAUCAUCACAAACGUCACCAAACCCGAAAACAGCCCCGGUUGGUGGCGAGGCGACUACGGAGGCAUGAAACAGCAUUUUUUCCCAGCGAAUUAUGUCAUGGAAUUGGACAGGAUGGACAGUCAAGACGGCAGCGAUGAUGGGUCGGGUGAGUCCAUGCUUCAAGGACAGUUAGACAUGAACGGCGCCGUCGUCGAUCUUAUCCAUCACCCGGAACGACCGGGUCUCGAAUGGGUGGUGAAGAUUGUGACGUCGACUGCUUGCACGCCACUUGAGGUGGCGCUGCAGUCGCGAGAAUUGGCCGUGGAAUGGAUGCUGGCGAUCAAAGAGGUGGCACAAAGGGCCUGCGCCCUCGAGAACCACCACCGUGAGAUGGAGCGCACCUUCCGUAUCGCUAAAGAAAUGUCCAACUUGAUAAUUUAUUGUCGUUCAAUCACUUUCAACAUCGAACGUGCGCGUCAGCAAGGUUUUAUCUUUUACGAAAUGUCUUCGUUUCCCGAGACAAAAGCCGAAAAGCUCAUGUGUCAACAAGAGAAGAAGUUUUUCGUGAAAUACCACCAACACCAAUUCUCGCGAGUGUACCCGAAAGGUCAAAGGGUCGAUUCGUCGAAUUACAAUCCUAUUAAUAUGUGGAAUAUGGGGUCGCAAAUGGUCGCAUUGAAUUACCAAACCGGGGAUAAACCCAUGCAAUUGAAUCAAGCCAAAUUCAGGGAUAACGGGAAUUGUGGGUACUUGUUGAAGCCCGAUUUUAUGUUUAGGGAUGAGUUUGAUCCGGCUGAUAGGAAUACGUUAGUGGGGGUGGAGCCCUGGAUUGUAACAUUGAGGAUAAUAGCAGCGAGGCAUUUGUUUAGGCCGAAAAAGGGAACGGCGAGUCCGUUUGUCGAGGUUGAGGUGAUUGGAGCGCCCUUUGAUUCGGGGACGAAACUGACCACCAAACCCGUCGCUGAUAACGGGUUUAACCCUCGAUGGAUGGAAGAAGUGGUUGAGUUUCCCGUCUACAACCCUUAUUUUGCUCUCUUGAGGUUCCUGGUGCAGGACGAGGACGUUUUCGGCGAACCGAAUUUCAUAGGACAAGCCACUUAUCCCGUAACAUGUUUGAGAACGGGCUACCGCAGUGUUUGGCUCAAAAACGCCUACAGCGAAGACCUCGAAUUGGCCUCUCUCUUAAUUCACAUCAGUAUCAAACGCACGUCCGUGAGUCCCCCAUAAAUCGCUAGCGCUUAAGAACUAGAACAUGACAAUAUCAGACACUUGUUAAAAGACUUUCACGGUUUUUCAAUCGCCUCAUACAUAUCAUCGAGAUUAUGUACCUUCCAAAUCAUAUCAUUUUUAAGAGAUGUAUAUUUUGUAUGAGAUAUAAAUAUAUUUUCGGAUAUGCGGUCUUGUUUCAGGUGUGGAUGCAUUUUUUUUUUUCAAAUAAUCGUCUAUUAAGCCAAAUAAUUUUAUUACAAUGUUAUUUUUAGCGAGUUUAUUGCCGCCAUUAGUCACCCAUUGUUACAGGCCUAAGACUGGUGCGACAUUUUUACAUUUAUUGCAAUAAAUUAUGAAUUACCAAACUGUCAUCUUGUUAAAGUUAAGAAAAAUAAACGCUUUAAAUGUU